AUGGUCAUCAAAGCCAUCGUCCCGUACGGGAACUGGGACUCUCCCAUCACCGUGGACUCCGUAGCCACCAAGUCAAGGCAGUUUUCUUCUCCGCGCGUCUCUCCGUCUGGGAGGGCCUUUUUUCAAGAGAAAACAACGAGCGGAAGGACAACGAUAGUGGAGGUGAUCAAGUAUGGCGUCAGAGAUGUCUUGCCCUCGCUAUACAAUGCUUCCAACCGAGUGUACGAGUACGGCUCGUCGGCCUUCGACGUCCUGGCCGACAACCGUAUCGUCUUCACCAAUAGCGAUGACUCGAUCCAGAUCCUGGACCCGGACAGCGGCAAGGUCAGAUUGGUGUUCCGGAGCGCUUACCUCCGUUACGCGAGCCUCAGCGCCGGCCCCGGCUCGUGGGUCUUGUCCAUCCAAGAGGUCCAUGACCAGGGGUGCCGCGUGAAGAACAGUGUGGUGGCCAUCAACGUGGACACAAGCCAUAUCAACCUGAUCGCUGGGGGGGCCGACUUUUACUAUCUGCCACGAUUCAGCCGUGACGGUCGACGACUGAGCUGGCUGCAGUGGGACGAUCCUGACCUGCCCUUCGACUCGGCCCAGCUGCAUGUCGCCGACUGGAGGGACGGAUUUCGCUCCCUAGAAUCGCAUUUGAUUUCAGGCAAGGACCACGAGAGCGUCGCCGAGCCUACCUGGGGCUUCGAUGGCUCACUCUACUUUGCCAAGGAGGAAGGGCCUUACCGGCAGCUGUACCGCCUUCGGCCGGGAAGUUCCCAGGUACCAACAGCUCUGGAGCUCAGGGGGUUGGAAAAGGUCGAGUUUGGCGAGAUUGGACUCUAUGAGGGAAGUCGCACGAUUGCUCCCUUGACCGAGGAGCUGCUUGUCGCCUCGGCCAUCCUGAACGGGAGUGCCCGUCUUGUCCUCAUCAACGUGGAGACCGGAUCGUGGAGUCAGCUUGUGGAGGCAGAUACGGUGUGCCAAGUUUCCUUUGAUGCCGUCACGAGGUUCGACGAAUCCUCCGUCCUCGUUAUUGGAAGUGGAACCUUGUCGGUCCCGUCGAUUCGCAUCCUAAACGUUCACCAACCAAAUCUCAACAGGCUGGUCCGGGAAGCGACCGACGAAAAGUUCUCCCCGUCCCUGUAUGCGCAGCCCGAGGGCAUCUCCAUCCAGUCCGUCUCGCAGCCUUGCCGAGAUAUCCACGGCUUCCUCUGGAUGCCGCGCAACCCAAAGUUCGCCGCAGCCACAGGUGAGCGGCCGCCGCUGAUCAUAUGCGCUCACGGCGGUCCGACGAGCCAUAUGGGCUGCGGCGUCAAUCUCCGGACCCAGUACUUCACCUCGCGCGGAUACGCCUUCCUGGGCCUUAACCACGCCGGCUCGACCGGCUACGGACGCCGCUACCGCAGCUCGCUCUGGGGAAACUGGGGCCUGCUCGACGUGGACGACGCCGCCGAGUUCGCGUCGUACCUUGUCAGCCACGGGCGCGUCAAGCACGACGGCGUCGGCAUCACGGGCUUCAGCGCGGGCGGAUACAGCACCCUGCAAGUCCUCGUGCGCUACUCGAGCCUCUUCGCAGCCGGUCUCUGCGUCUCGGGAAUCAGCGAUCUCAACAAGUUUGGUCGCAAGACGCACAAGCUCGAGGCCAACUACACGCCCAAGCUUGUGCUCCCCGAGGGCGGCGUCGACGAGAAGCGCAAGCGACGCAUCUAUCGCGACCGCAGCGCCUUGUACCACGUCGACAAUAUCACCUCGCCCAUCGUCUUGCUCCACGGAAAGGCCGAUCCCGUCGUGCCGGUCGAGCAGGCAAAGCUCAUGGCAAAGGCUCUCGCCAAGAGAGGUCGUCAAGUGGGACUCGUCGUCGUCGACGGUGAGGGACACAUGAUGGAUUCACCCGUGAGCACGAGGCUGUGGCUCAAGGAGGAGGAAAGUCUGUGGAGGCGGACGUUGCUCUCUGCCUGA